AUCGUUAGCACCGUUAGCACUGCUGGCACAAACAUCUGUUGAUAGCUGCUAAGCUAACAUUCGCUGGUACGAGCUGUCUGAACGUGUUUUAGUACAACCUAGCCCGAAAGAAGAACAGUAAAGCUAACCGCCAGUUUGCCCCGCCGUAUGACAUAAGUGCCGUCGCGAACGUUAUGACUAAUUUAUAUUUAGGGCUCAGGUUGUAUUCUUAGCAUUAGCCUCUGCCAAACCGAGGUCCGACUGGCAGACAUGGAGACUCGGGGGAUUGAGGACAUGUUUGACUUUCGUCGGUUUCCCAAAGAUGCAGCUGUUCUCCUGCUGUUGCUGAUUUACUUUCCAGUCGGCAUUUGUUUGAUGUUGAUGCGGAUUUUUAUUGGUGUUCAUGUGUUUCUGGUCAGCUGUGCACUUCCAGAAAGUUUUGUUAGAAGAUUUAUUGUGAGGGUUAUGUGCUCAGUGCUGGGAAUGCACGUGAGACAGAACAAUCCUCGCUCCAGAGACAGAAACACCAAGCUGUACAUAUGCAAUCAUGUGACAGAAUUUGACCACAACAUAGUCAACCUCCUGGCCCCCUGCAGUACUCCCCAGUUAGAAGGCUCCACAGGCUUUGUGUGUUGGGCCAGAGGCUUCAUGGAAAUCCAUUCAGCGGCUGGCCAGGGAGUGAUGGGAGACUCUCUUCAGAGGUACUGCUCCACUGAAGGCACCCCACCUUUGCUCCUAUUUCCUGAAGAGGACACCACAAAUGGCCGUGCUGCCCUGCUCAAGUUCAGUUCCUGGCCUUUCUCACUGACUGAAUCCAUUCAACCUGUGGCCUUACGGGUGACCAGACCAUUGAUUUCUCUGAGCACACCAGAGUCCAGCUGGCUGAUGGAGCUCUUAUGGACAUUUUUUGCCCCAUGUACAGUGUAUCAUGUAAGUUGGCUGCCACCAGUGUCCAGACAAGAUGGCGAGUCCACGCAGGAGUUUGCCAACAAAGUCCAGGAGCUACUGGCUGGUGAACUUGGCUUGGUCUCCACCAAGAUCACUAAAGCUGAUAAAACCGAGCACAUCAAAAGGAAAAGACAUACUGUUCCACAGACAUCUACAAAUGUCACACCUGGCUCUAUUGGGCUGGGAUUCAUGGUCCAGAGUUUGGGCACAGAUGAUCACAGGAUUGCUAAGAUGGCCCAACAGGUGAAGGACGUGCUGCCUCAUGUCCCUCUGAAUGUCAUUGCAAAGGAUUUAGCAAAAACCAAUUGUGUUGACACCACCAUAACCAAUCUGCUGGAGAACAAGGAGGAAGCUCCAAUGGAAGCAUCUGGGAUGUCGACAUUUGGGGCUUCUAAGAUCAGCUCCUAUUCUUCUGGAUCAGCUCCUACCAUAAAGCCUGCUGCCAAAACUUUUGGGAAAUCACCAGCUGACAGACAUUUGUCUCUCCAAGAAAGAAAAGAAGCGCUGUAUAAUUUUGCACGGAGACGCUACAUUGAAAAGCAUGGAUUGGAUCAGGAGGACAGUCACUGAACACACUUUGGGUCAAGCCACUAUUGAGAACUUGUCAGAAAGAAGCAUCUUCAACCUGCAUAGCUGUCUAAUUCGAACAGUGAUUUUAUAUUUUCUCAACCAGUUCUGUUGGAAAAACAGAUUUUGUUAUUUGCAAAUAAUUGCGACAAGUAUUCAGAACAUGUAUAAGUUCAUGGAAUGGUGAUUAUGCAUGUGUUUAAUUCUUCAUUCUGGCUGAUACAUAAUUUUGAUAACAGUUUGUAUUACGAUCCACUGACUGUGAAUCAUGUAUUUAUUUUUAUAAUGUCCAGAGUCGUCGAUGAAAAUAAAGUUCAGCUUGACCUCG